AUGUCCGAAAGCCCGUGGCACCGGGAUGCGAUCGCACAACGUCCGGCGAGGCCAGACUCAAAAACACCUGACAUGAGGCCCGAAGACGGCGACGGCGGUAUCGUUCCGGUGUGGUGUAUGGGGGUAAAGAAACUACAGUUGAAGCCGAUAGAUAAGGACAAGGUUGACGAGUCAAACGUUGUACAUUAUCCACCACUCGCCGACCCUUCACUCCGGUGGGCGACUACCGAAAGCCCCGAGCAUGCCGUGCCGUUUCGGCCCACAUGUCAAACUGAUGACGAGGAUGAUAUAUUAUAUGCCGACAAACGCCCACGAAUUGAGACCAGCUUUUGA